UAUCCCACUCGGAGACUUUGACGAGUCGCAGGGCGACUACUUCUCUUUCUCCUUCACCCCGCUAUUCGAGACCGGCAACCCAGUACAGGAAACCUAAUACGUCCCAUUCAAAACCGCGUUUUUUUUUUCUCUAUCCCUUUUGUUAAAUCCGAACCCUGGCGGCCCGCUCUCUUCGAUCCCCCGUCUAAUCUUAUCCUCUUUCUCCCCCUCGUCGCCUCCGCCCUUCCCCACCCCCUCUUCGUCUUCUUCUUCUUCUCUAUCAUCCCGACCACCUUCGGCCGAAUUGAUUGUCCCACAUCGGAGAUCGGAGUAAUUCUGGGAGAGGUAUAAAAAUAGGAAGUUAAGAUACGAUGAACAGUCUCUUCUCGGGAUCGUGGAGGCGGGAUGCCGAUGGGAGCGGCGACGUCCAGAUGAGCCGCAACCCGUCCUCCUCCGCCGCCGCGGGCGCCAAUCUGGACAAGUUCUUCGAGGACGUGGAGGCGAUCAAGGACGAGCUCAAGGAGGUGGAGCGCAUCCAUCGCCGGCUCCACGAGUCCAACGAGGCCUCCAAGACCCUCCACGCCGCCUCCGCCAUCCGCGACCUCCGCGCCCGCAUGGACGGCGACGUCGCCACCGCCCUCAAGAAGGCGAAGCUCAUCAAGCUCCGCCUCGAGUCCCUCGACCGCGCCAACGCCGCCAACCGCUCCCUCCCCGGCUGCGGCCCCGGCACCUCCACCGACCGCACCCGCACCUCCGUGGUCGCCGGCCUCCGCAAGAAGCUCAAGGAGUCCAUGGAGAGCUUCGGCGAGCUGCGGAAGAGGGUCUCCGCCGAUUACCGGGAGGCGGUGGAGCGGCGGUACUACACGGUGACGGGGGAGAAGCCGGACGAGGAGACGGUGGAGGCGCUGGUGGCGACGGGGGAAGGCGAGAGGUUCAUGCAGAGGGCCAUCGAGGAGCAGGGGAGGGGGAGGGUGCUGGACGUGAUAGCGGAGAUCCAGGAGAGGCACGGGGCGGCGGCGGAGCUGGAGAGGAGCCUGCUGGAGCUGCAGCAGGUGUUCAUGGACAUGUCGGUGCUGGUGGUGGCGCAGGGCGAGCAGCUGGACGACAUCGAAAGCCAGGUCGGGCGGGCGCAGUCGUUCGUCAGGCGCGGGACCGAGCAGCUCCAGACGGCCCGCAAGCACCAGAAGAACAGCCGCAAAUGGACCUGCAUCGCCAUCCUUUUGCUCCUCAUCAUCAUCCUCGUCAUCGUGCUUCCCAUCGUCCUCAAAAAAUAGCCACUCAUAUCAUUUUAAUUAUAUGAUUUCGGAUCCUCCUUGCUCCUCCUCCGGCUUCUCCAUCUGUUUCUUUAUUUUUUCUUCUAUUUAUUUAUGGAGAGUAUCUCUUUGUUUCUUCCUUCUAUUGUCGAUAGGUUAUGAUGAUGAUGAUGAUGGAUCCAGAUCGGAGCUUUUGUUGUUUGUAGAGAUGAUUCUGUUUGGUGGUGGUGGUGAUUGUUUCUUUUAUCAUUACUAUGUGAUAUAUGAUAUGAUUAAAGAGGUUU